AUGGCCUCAGACGAUAAUCACACCGAUGGGUCAAACUACGGAUACACACCCUCUCCAGCAUGGUGUCUAGCUUUCAUAGUCUUGUUUUCCGUAUCAGCAGCCGUCCAUUCGUACCAAGCCUUCCGAUAUAAAUACUGGAUCAUCUACCCAACCUUGGUUUUAGGUGCCUUGGUUGAAGUUCUUGGUUGGUCAGGAAGAUAUUGGUCUUCGCAGAAUGUCACCCUAUUAACCCCAUUUUUGAUGCAAAUCUCAACCCUCAUCAUGGCACCUGUUUUCUUCUCCGCAUACGAUUACGUCGUACUGGGAAUGGCGAUCAACCGAUUAGGUCCUCAAUAUUCAUUAUUGAGACCUAAAUAUUACUUCGCUACAUUCAUCACCGCCGACAUCAUCUCACUGGUCCUCCAAGCUAUCGGAGGUGGUAAAGCCUCUUCCUCGGCAGCCGAGGGCGCCCCCACUCAGGCAGCUACCAACAUCAUGGUGGCAGGUAUCAUCUUCCAACUGGUUUCUAUGGGUAUCUUCAUUGGUCUAGGUGUAGAUUUCCUACUGCGUGCAACAAGUGAGAAACCUUAUGCGUUCCGACUUAGACAAAUAGAAAACAACGCAGUCAAGAAAGUAGGAGUCAGUAUGAACGUGAACAAGACUGAAGAUGAUCUGGAAGCUCAAAAACAAAAUCAACAUAACGAACACGAACAUAUCAGAGCUUGGUGGAUAUUGUUGAUUGGUGUUGGAAUUAGCAGUACGAUGAUCUUGAUUAGAGGUAUCUACCGAUCCAUUGAGUUGACCCAAGGAUGGACUGGUCAUCUAAUGACCACGGAGAUGUAUCAGAACAUCCUCGACGCAUUGAUGAUGUUGAUCGCCGUCGGUAUAUACAACUUUAUCCACCCUGGGUAUCUCUUACCCAGAAAGAAGAGCUGGCGAGGGUACCACUAG